AGAAAUUUUGAUUUGAUUCAUAUGAAUAUUGUGCUGACGUAUUAAUCACGUGAUGGAAGACCUCCACCGUUUCUAUUUUAGAUCCAAAUAAUAGCAGAAUAUUGGAAAUAAGCUUGAAAUAUACAGAAUAAGUUAAAGAAGAGAAAAUUAUGUAGCAGAAUAAAGGAAAAACGAGAAGGACAUAAGUAUAGUGAUGGGUGAAUUUAUAAUUAAUGUAAAUUUUGCAAAACUGGAAAAAAAUUUAAGAUGGGCAACGUACAAUUGGCUGUAGUUAUUCUCUGCGUCAUCGCUAUCUUAUUAAUAGCUUUUUUCGUUUUUUUCCAUUCGCUUGAUUUCAUAGGAUGGAUACAGGCAUGGAUACAAUCUAACAAAGAGGAGAAGGCAUUAUUAACGAGAUUAAAGGGUCAUUACAACGCUAAUGGAUAUUUAGUUCACUCGGACUCUGAUAUCCAACUAAAUUGUAGCACGGGCAGUUUCAAGAGAUUCGAUUCGGUAGACAGGGAUUUCAAGAUCACUCUCGCCACCACUAGCCUUACGGAUGAUUGGAACCGUUUUCAAGACGACAGUUCUAUUCCUCCUCAACCUUUAAGACCCGCACCAGUGCCUGUCACUAUUUCGUCGACUAAAACACCUUCAAAAGUAGAUCCUAUAAUCACUCCCACUAAAACCAGUGUUGAAGAUAGCAGCUUCAUCGAAAAAACAUCAAUCUGUCCCAUACCACGCCCAAUUUCUUCAGUUAACAUGGCUACUUUGCUUUCUCAAUCCUCAUUUCCAGUAUGUAUAACCCCUCCUCCAAGCCCAUCAAUGUUCCAGUUUCCUCAGACAAGUCCUUCUGUGACUCAGUGUUCCGCAACAGAAACCAAUAGCCCCCAACAAUAUUCAGCAAGUUCUAAUCCACCUCUGAAGCUCUCAGGAGUUUAUGUACAACAAGGACAACCAACUGCAUCGCUUGAAUCUCCUCCUGUUCCACCACAGAGCGAAGAGAUUGAAGUGGUACCCAGUGCCCUAAAGAGGGCUAUAUCGUGUGAUAGUGUAUGUUCAGAUACAUCAGUAGGACUAGGAGAUCUAGAAAUGUUAAAUAUUACUGGUUAUUUGUGUAUAGGCCUAGAAUAUGACAGCGAGUGUUGGGAUUUGGUUGUUAACGUACUUGAAGCUAAAGAAUUGCGAGGGAUAGUAAGAAAAGACGAUAAUUUAGACACUUACGUGAGAGUGUCACUUCUCCCCGAUAAAGAAGCUACCAUACAGACCAAAGUUUAUAGAAGCUCGGGAAGCCCUAGUUAUAAAGAGAGAUUUCUUUUUUCCAUGAAUCCCAGGGAACAAUCACAAAGAGUACUUUGUUUUCACGUGUAUUCAACAGAUUUUUUGUCACAUACUUUAAUAGGAGACGGUGAGAUACGACUUUCUGAUGUUAGUCUGCGACAACCUGUUACGACAUGGGUGACAUUAACUGAUACUGGACAAAAAGGAACGGAAAUUGGUGAAUUGAUGUUUUCUUUAAGUUAUCUUCCGACAGCUGAAAGAUUAACUGUUGUCGUGGUAAAAGCACGUAACUUAAAAUUCUCCACUGAAAUUCCUGGGGAAGCUUUCGUUAAGGUAUACUUGAUGCAACAUAAUAGAAAAAUAAACAAGAAAAAGACUUCAAUCAAAAAAGGAGAGAAAUGUCCAAUAUUUAAUGAAUCUAUGAUGUUCAGUGUGCCUGCGCAUACUUUGUCGACAAUUCAAUUAAGGCUUACUGUAGUUGAAAAUACAACAGAUGAAACAAACCGUGCAAAAUCGAUAGGACAUGUUAUCGUCGGUGCCCAAGCAAACGGUAGAUCUUUGGGUCAUUGGAAUCAAAUGUUGACAGCGCUCAGGAAACCUGUGGCCAUGUGGCAUUGCCUCAGAAAACAGUCUGAAGAACCAACAAAGUUCAAUGCACAAGAUUAAUACGUAAAUAAACUCACUAAUUGUUUUGCGUUUUGAAGAUAAUGAUAAAAAAAAAGUUUUGAUGGUCACAUCAACUUUAUCGUUAGAUCACUUUACUAAAGACAAAUCAGUAUUUUUUCAAAACAAUUGAAACAUUGAAAACGGUCCAGAAGAAAUUAUUGUAUUUGAAAAUGUAAUUUUUUCAUCGACAACUUUUGUGACUUUUUCGUAUUUUUUAAACUCUUCUCCUUUGAGCUCUAUAGGCUUUACCCAACGUUUAAUUAAGUUUUUUAUUCCUUCUAAGAUUUGUUUGAGCUAUAUUCCUUAUUCCUGAAACCAUUUAUUUGGUUUUAGGAACAAGAAAUAGUCAGUAAGGUUUAAAUCGCCGAAAUAGGGCUGAGUAAGCAAUUCGUAGUGUAUGAGAUUUGAGCUUUACAAAAUAAUUUAUUUUUCGGCCAAAUCCUUUUUUCAUACCUCAUUGAACUAGCCCAAUAAGUUGGAUUAAUACCUUUAGAAAGUAGUUAAUUUGGAUGAUAUCGCGUAUAUCCCAAAAAACGGUUGCCAUGAUUUUAGUGACUUCUUCGGCACCAAUGCACCCAGAGACACCUACUGCUUUGACUACUAUAUGGCCUCGCGUGUAUUGCGGUUAAGCCACCAAACAUUUCUGCUAAAUUGUCACACGACAGCGUUAGAUGUCGAUUUUGAAAAAACAGGACACUCAUUAUCAGCAUCUCAUCAAAUGAUAAGUUAAAAGCUCUGAGUCACGUACGAUACUUAUAGCUUACGGAAACUCUCGCUCAUUCAAUUUAUCGAGAAUUUUUUGUUUCCAGAGCUUUAGGAAUCUUCCGCGUUUGUACACCCAAAAUAAAAUUCAGUAAACCACUCUUUCAUCAACUAAAUUGAAGCAAACUUGCCGUGUAAACUAUUUUUUAGUGAUUGUAAACUGUUUCCAAGCUCAAACUGACACAUAUUAUUCAGAUUUUAACUAAAGUCAAAUGACUCUAUUUUAUGGAUAGAAGCUGUAUUGUUGUUUUAGUUAAAUUAAAAAAGUCACGUCGUACAAUUUUUUUGGAUCCAAUCUAGUCAUCAAUAAGUCGACAAAACCACAUAUUAAGUCGUUUGGUAUAUUUGUGGUCUUACGAUAAUUGUUCAGUAUCAAUUUACUCUCGUAUUAGAAAGUAAUAUUGAAUCGUCUAUCAAUAAUGCGUUCAUCAAUCUAAAAUGUUCAGAUAUAGAGAAGUUUUGCUUCAAAUUUCAGUUUGGAUGUUUCUCAAACUAUCAGCACAUGCGUAAUUUUAGGAGAAUCUAAUACCUGAUCCACAGAUUCACUUCUUAUUGCUAGUUCCUAUAUUUCCAUCAAAAAAAAGGAAGACAGAAUUUGAAAUUUGAAAAUUGUUGUCGCCUCCUUUGAGAACACUGAAAAUCUCACUUAAUCGCGUUGUUAUGUUAGCACAAAUAUACGACACUGGUAGGCCGUCUUCUUCUUCUUUAUGGAUAUGCAAGUAUUCAUUGUUAUUAUUAACUUUAGGACGUUUUUUUUUAAUGUUUUUUGUCUUACAAAAAUUAUAUUGAAAUUCUUUGCGUAAAACAAAAUAAUUCUUAGUCUUUUCCAUGUCAAACUGAGACUUUGGUGAAAAGCCACUGUCUUGUUUAUUCUUUUUUGGAAAGCUAGCGACAUAAAGUAAAACUGCGAAUCAGGCAUAAGUUGAUUUGAAAACGACUACAUACAUACAUUUUGCGUAUGACUUAUAUGAUUAAGUUCAUCGAAAUCUUAUACCAUAAUUAAUUUAGCAUUUUAUUAUUAAAAAUCUUUUUCAGUGGAAGUUAUUUAGUUUCCUGUUCUCUUUCUAACCACAUUGAAAUUAUCCUGGAUGUUGAGUUAAAUGCUAUUUUUACGUAAAAAUGUACCGAAGCCGCAGAAGUGUUAAAUUUGCCAAUUUGAUCGGAUACUGUAGUGUCAAAAUCAAUGUCUUUACAUUGAGUGAUUAUUUUUAUAAUACUAAAAUUAUUACAAAAUUUUUAAAGAAAAUGUUAUAAAAUUACGUUGUGUGAACAGUUUAAAAUGGAAUUUACAGAAGACCCUAGGCUAUGGAGGAUAGAGCUAAGGAGAACUCUAUGUGUGUGAAAAGUCUCCGUACUAUUGCGAAAUAAUAUAAAAUAAUAAUAAUAAUAAAUAAUAAAAUACCUACUCCUGCAGAUUUAUAUAUCUUUCAUAGCUUUCAUAGGACUUCUACCAUCUUACUAGUUGAUGAUGUUAGAUAUAUUACUGCUUUUAAAUGACACGGGAGCUGCAAGAGUCCAUUGGUAGCAGAAGGCUACGAGGAUGAUUCUAUGACAAACAAAAUAAAUACUGAAAAUAGAAUAAUCCAAUCAAUAGAGAAAAAUCAAAGAAAUUUUACUAAUUACAAAUUAAAUUAACAGUUAACACCACCAGUAAUAAAUAUUUUAUCACUGAUGGUAUUUGUAUAAUCGUGGAGGAAGUACCUAAGUCUUCUAUUUGCCUAUAACGGGUGUAUCAUUCACUCGUCCUACGCAUCCUAUCGUAAUUUCAGCCUAGUAAAUAAUAGCCAUCAUUAUACGCUAUACUAUUUUUCGCUUUCAGGAGGACACAUUUGAGUGUCCCAUAAGAGAAAGUGCUCUUUACCUCUACCCUCCAUACUCUAGAUGCAGAUUAUCUACGGAAGGAUCUCUUGGAUAAGCUAACAAAUGAGAGAAUUUUGAGCGUCAUCUUAAAUUAAUGCAGCGUCAAAACUAAAGAUCGUUUAACUUUUUAUAAAAUAGCAAAAA